ACCUGUGAGAAAUGAGCCAGAAGGCAGUAUGUUGAGUGGUGUGGAGUAUAAAAGCAGCUUCUUCAGUUUGCUCUAGCAUGAGCCACCCUUUCCAUCAACACACAGUCUAUGUCAAAUCCAGCAUUUACAAUUUCCUGCUUCAAAAUGGCGUCAAAGAAAGUGUUGAUUGUGUAUGCACACCAGAGCUCUGGCUCGUUCAACUCUGCAGCCAAAGACGCUGCGGUGGAAGUUUUAACUGCUAAGGGCUGCACAGUAGAAGUAUCUGACCUGUAUGCCAUGAAGUUUAAGGCCACUGCUACAGCUGAGGACAUCACUGGAAAAGUUAAGAAUGUAGAUCACUUCUGUUACGGAGAGGAGACCAAACUGGCAUGGGAGGCGGGAAAGCUUACUGCUGAUAUCACUGAAGAACAACGCAAACUCACUGAGGCAGACCUCGUCAUUUUUCAGGUAGAGCCAGAAUUGGUAUGUUUCUGUUUUGUUAAGCCAUGCCUCUGUUAUGAACUAACCUUAAGCCCUACUGCUCAGUUCCCCAUGUACUGGUUCACUGUUCCUGCCAUCAUGAAGGGCUGGAUGGACCGGGUGCUCACACUGGGCUUUGCCUUCACCCACGAGAAGCGCUACAGCCAGGGAAUCUUCAAGGACAAGAAGGCCAUGCUCUCCUUCACCACUGGGUCUCAGGAGUCCAUGUUCAGUGCAAAUGGCAUCAAUGGAGACAUGAAUGUCACUCUUUGGCCACUGCAGAAUGGCAUCCUGCACUACUGUGGGUUCCAGGUUCUGGCUCCUCAGAUCUUCUGGGCCCCGUCUCACGUUCCCUCUGAGGCACGCGGUACUAUGCUGGAGGGCUGGCGCACGCGCAUGCAAGGCCUCCUGGGAGAAAACCCACUUGCUUUCACUCCCUUGGACUGCUUUGAUGGGGAGAAGGGUUACCAGCUGAAGCCUGAGGUCCAUGAGAAACAUGCCGCCAAGGAGUUUGGACUGACCGUGGGGACCCACCUGGGCAAGGCCCUGCCACCCAACAACCAGAUGAAAGCCGGAGUCUGAAGAAUGAAUGACUGUUGUUGGUUUUUUAUGAUGAUAAAUAAAAGCUGGUUAAUAUGUUCUGAAUUUCUGUUGAAUACUUGGAAACUGUAUUGUAGUUCUAAUGGCUGGGGUUUGCAUAUACAAUAAUUGGAGCCAAUAAAUCAAGUAAAGGGCUUAUUGUA